UCAAAUCCGGACGUUUCUUUGCACCACUGGACCUAUCUUACAGGAUUGCAAACUAUAUUUUUUUUUGUUGAGAGAGAGAGAGAGUGAUGAAUAGGUGACGUGCAAUAGCCGUGGACCAAUCCACCUAGAAAUGUUAUGUAAUUGUACUUCAGUUCUUUUCCCGUUGUCCACCCAAAAUCAACAAAAUAAUUAAAAUGAAAAUCAAUUUUACCAUUUCGAUAAACCGUCAUUCAUUAUAAUCGUGUCCACGCUCCCACCAAAUGGACCAGUAAUGAACGCCCUCAGCCUCCGCUGGGCUGCGCCGGCGCCGGCGCAUGUCUUCUCCCCCGCCUCUUCCACCGCCAGGCCGCCUUCUAUGCUCCGGGCGAACAUAGCAGAAAGUUCCUCCAGUACAUAUCUUUCUUCCACCAACAAAUUGUCCGGUUCCCAGGAUCAGGCACUACUAGCGCUCCUCCAGCAAAGGAAAACCGACGAGGCCUGGCUACUGUACAGCCGAUGCGGUCAUCUCCCAAACUCCACCUGCCUCAGCCGUCUCGUCUCGCAACUGUCGUAUCUCAACUCCGCCGAAGGCUUGACGAGAGCUCAGUCAAUUAUCCAGCGCCUCCGGAACGAACAACAGCUCCACCGCCUCGAUGCUAAUUCCCUCGGCCUUCUCGCGGUGGCCGCCGCCAAAGGCGGACACACACUGUACGCUACGUCUAUCAUCAAAUCGAUGCUGAGAUCUGGCUAUCUCCCCCACGUCAAGGCGUGGAGUGCUGUCAUAAGCAGGCUCGGCGCUUCCGGCGACGAUGGACCGAGCGAGGCGAUUAAGCUCUUCAAUUCGAUCACAAGGAGGCUAAAGAAAUUUGGGGAUUUGGAUGUGGUUAAGGACUCCAAACCAGACACGGGAGCCUACAAUGCUGUGCUCAAUGCUUGCGCCAAUAUUGGCAACGCCAGGAAGUUCCGCCAACUGUUCGACGAAAUGCCUGAGUUUGGAUGUGAGCCCGAUGCACUUACAUACAACGUGAUGAUUAAGUUAUGCGCAAGGGUUGAGAGAAAGGAUCUGUUGGUGUUUGUUUUGGAGAGGAUAAUUGAGAAGGAGAUACCAUUGUGCAAGACAACUUUGCACUCCUUAGUUGCAGCAUACGUAGGUUUUGGUGAUUUGGAGGCUGCUGAAAAACUGGUUCAGGCUAUGAGGGAAGGCAGGAAAGAUCUGUGUAGCAUUUUGAGGGAAUUGGAUGACAAAGAUGAUGAUGAUUCAGAUGAGGAAGAAGAACUCAAAGAAGAUCCCAAAGAUAGAAGUGAUGAUAUAUUCGAUAUUCUGCUACCAAAUUCGACUGAUUACAGCAGUGAGCCUCCAGAAUUGCCGGCAGCAAUCACACCGGAUUCAAGAAUCUACACAACCUUGAUGAAAGGUUAUAUGAACGCCGGGCGUGUGGCCGACACAGUGAGGACACUCGAAGCAAUGAGGCAUCAAAAGGACAGCAAUAGUCAUCCGGACCAUGUUACUUACACCACAGUUUUGUCUGCAUUCGUCAAGGCUGGAUCGAUGGACAAAGCCCGGCAAGUGCUGACCGAGAUGGCUAGAUUUAAUGUCCCUGCCAAUCUGAUCACAUACAACGUUCUGCUGAAAGGGUAUUGCCAGCAACUGCAGAUCAACAAAGCAGAGGAACUCAUCAAGGAGAUGAUCAAUGAUGUAGGCAUAGAGCCCGAUGUGGUUUCUUACAACACGAUGAUCGAUGGAUGCAUAAUGGUGGAUGAUUGUGCAGGCGCGCUUACAUAUUUCAAUGAGAUGCGAAGCAGAGGCAUUACCCCUACAAAAGUAAGCUACACCACAUUGAUGAAAGCCUUCGCAUCAUCAGGUCAGCCGAAGCUUGCCAACAGGGUGUUUGAUGAGAUGCUGAAUGACCCGCGCGUGAAGGUGGAUUUGGUUGCAUGGAAUAUGCUGGUUGAAGGUUAUUGCAAGCUUGGGCUGGUUGAAGAAGCCAAGAACAUCAUUCAAAGGAUGAAAGAAAACGGGACCUAUCCAAACGUCGCCACAUAUGGAAGUCUUGCAAAUGGGAUAUCGUUGGCAAGAAAACCGGGGGAAGCUUUGUUGCUGUGGAAGGAAAUAAAGGAGAGAUGUGGGAUUGAAGAGGCUGGGGAGGAAUGCAGCUCUCCUUCGCCCGAUCAACAACCUCUUCUAAUACCGGACGAGGGACUUUUGGACGCCCUCGCGGAUAUUUGUGUGAGGGCUGCUUUCUUCAGAAAAGCUUUGGAAAUUAUUGCUUGUAUGGAAGAGCAUGGGAUCCCUCCCAACAAGACAAAGUAUAAGAGAAUCUAUGUAGAGAUGCACUCGAGGAUGUUCACGAGCAAGCACGCGUCGAAGGCAAGACAGGACAGGAGGAGGGAGAGGAAAAGAGCUGCAGAAGCUUUCAAGUUCUGGUUGGGGUUGCCUAAUUCUUACUAUGGAAGUGAAUGGGAGCACUGAAAUUAUAAUCUACAGAUGGGGAUUGUAUAUUCAUAGGUGUUGUUAAUUAAGUUAAGCUGUACAAUCAGUGAAACUCACCUGUACAAGGUAAUGAUGGAUUAUCUAUUUGAUAUGUUUAGCUUCAAGAAAAAGAGUUGAGGGCACAUGUAUAUGAUAAAAAAAUUCCAACCAGAGGAGAGACGAUAUUAAAAACACACAUUGAAAAACUGUUGUUCAUAAGAAGGGAUUUAGAACAAAUGAUGUAUCAAGUCACUCAAUAGUAAAAUCCUUAAACAGAAUGAUACUGAGAUAUUGAUGCAGCAGUUCUUGACUUACGCAAAUCUAGUAACAAAAACUUAACUCAGCAUUGAGAUGAUUUCGAAGUAAAUAAUUAA